AACACGAGUAUACAGAAAGACAGAGAGAGAGGGAGAGAGAGAGAGAGAGAGACACGCACACACACACACACACGAGGUUUGGAAUCGGUCGAUCGGUUUCGUCGAUCCAAACCUCCGAUGAUCCUUCGCGGAUCCAAGUGUUCGUCGCAGAUCGACGCGCGUUUAGCUUAUCGACUUUGAUGGAUAUUCGAGGGAAUUUCCGGCGGAUGUGGCUGGUGGGUUGAUAAACUGGCUGUGCUACCGUGAUAAGGAAUUCUGGAGUGGUCAGGAAGGGAUUCGGAGUGCGCCAGCUGCUCGAUUAAAGAGGAUCGGCACGGUAGAAUGUACAGCUGAUCGGUGAGUUCGUGUCGUUCAUCGAUCGUUCGAUCUUUUAACGUUUUCGAGGACACAGAACUGGCAAUUCUUUACUCGGCAUCUCCAUUUCGAUUGCGCCGCGAGCCAACUUCACCGGAUGGUAACCAGAGCAUAUUCAAAUUCCUCGUCGGUCGAUGGCAAACGUAUCGCAAAGGGAAAUUUCCUCGCCCCGAACGGUGUUUCGUUCGUAUCUCGUCGGAUACUCGAUUCGAUAAACUCUCGUCUGUGAUUUCUCGCUCGAUAUUGAUGUUAAAAGAGAUCGUACUUGGCGCUCGAUCGUAAAGAAAUACAAUUUUCUUGAUUUUUCUUGAUUUGUCGGCCAGAGAGUUAGAAAUAACGUCUUAAUAGCGAAGCAUCGCGAAAGAAGAACGACGAAGUUUAAACAACGUCGGGAAACGAGCCUGAAAGCUCGACCUAAAUUCGCCUGUGCGGCAUCGAUAGAACCCCGUGGCGCGAGGGUUUCUUCGUCGAAUCAUGGGACUUGGUAUCGCUAAAAAUUUCCCAUUUCUGCUAGCCGUUCGUUCCGCUUUGUCGAAUUUUUCCCCUCGAAAUUACAUUGUUCCGGCAUUGAUCGCCACUUUUACGACGAUCUAUUCUUUUCAAAGCAACGCAGAUGUUCCCGCUUCAUUGACAUCCUUUCGCACGUAUAUUUGUUUCAGGAAUGACGAGACACUUUCUGGUGAUCCUAUGCUGCUACCUGUACACGCUCUUUGACAUGGCGGCCCUACAUUUUCCGUGAGUAGACGAACAUACUUGGAAGCUAUAGAAGCCGCGAUCGGACCAGAACGCUCGAGAUUAGCGUUGGAUCGAAGGCGGACAGAUUGAUCUUUCCACUCGUUCGAUCGAUGGAAAUCUCUCGAACCUUCUGUUUUCCUGUUGUGCUUGUAUCUCUCUUUCACGCACGCUCUCUUUCGAUCGCUGAAUAAACGCGAUCUCGAGGACGAUAUCGUGGCCUACAUGCAAAAAGAACGAACGUACCGUCGUGAAACGUAAGGAAAUUCGCGAUUCUCGUUAAGUUCGACUCGCGUCGACCAUGAUUCUCGUUUUUGUUCGAAAGAAAUUUUAACCUGACGAUGGCAAAAGAAAAAAGAAGCGUGAAAGAAGAAUUGCAAGAUUCCUCGGUAAAUUCGUUCUCGUUGCGAAACACAGCGACGAUAGAAGGUGGCCCAGCAUCACCCGCCACUGUGUCGAGUUUCAGCGAGGAAAUAUGCGAACCGGUACUUUCCACGGAGGUCGAAGGCUGGCAUAUUAAAGUCGAUAGCCUAUCGUCGAGUACGUUUCGACUUUCGGCGAGAAAACGCGGGUACCGGUUUUUUCCGAAGAUCGCAAGGGAGUCGGAUCUCGAGGAGUACGGUAGGAAGGAGGCCUCUUUGUCACUCAGGGACAUCCUGCCGUUGAAUCCGAAGCAGUACGACAAACACAGGGCGCCGAAGUUCCUAGGCCAACCUACAAUCGUCUACUUUCACGUGACGGUGCUCAGCCUCGACUCCAUAAACGAGGAAUCGAUGACGUACGUUGCGGAUAUAUUUUUGGCGCAAAGCUGGCGGGACUCUAGACUACGACUUCCGGAGAACAUGUCGGAGGAGUACAGAAUAUUGGACGUAGACUGGCUGCACAAUAUCUGGAGGCCCGAUUGCUUCUUCAAAAACGCGAAGAAGGUCACCUUCCACGAGAUGUCCAUACCGAAUCACUAUCUUUGGCUGUACCACGACAAGACGCUGCUUUACAUGUCGAAAUUGACUCUCGUCCUCUCUUGCGCGAUGAAGUUCGAGUCCUAUCCUCACGACACUCAAAUUUGCUCAAUGAUGAUCGAAAGUCUGUCGCACACCACCCAGGACCUAGUGUUCAUCUGGAACAUGACGGACCCGCUGGUGGUGAACCCCGAGAUCGAGCUUCCUCAGUUGGACAUCUCGAACAACUACACAACCGACUGCACGAUCGAGUACUCGACCGGCAACUUCACGUGCAUCCAGAUCGUGUUCAAUCUGCGCCGUCGAUUGGGCUAUCACCUGUUCCACACUUACAUACCGUCCGCGUUGAUCGUCGUCAUGUCCUGGAUCGCGUUCUGGAUCAAACCCGAGGCGAUUCCCGCCCGGGUCACUCUGGGAGUGACGUCACUGCUGACCCUCGCGACCCAGAACACGCAGUCCCAGCAAUCACUGCCACCGGUCUCCUACGUGAAGGCCAUCGACGUGUGGAUGUCCUCGUGCAGCGUGUUCGUUUUCCUGUCGCUCAUGGAGUUUGCUGUGGUUAAUAACUACAUGGGACCGGUGGCCACCAAGGCCAUGAAGGGCUACUCGGACGAGGAUCUAAGAGAGGCCAUCGACGAAUUCAAAACACCCAUGAGGAACGAAUCGGAGAGAAGCAGAAGUCCCGUGAGACCUGCAACCGUGCAAUACGACACCUGCUGCCAGGGUCGGGCAACAGCGAUCUACAUCGACAAGGUGUCCAGAUUCUUCUUCCCGUUCUCAUUCCUCAUCCUGAACGUCGUCUACUGGAGCACCUUCCUGUAGGAGGUCUGCCCUUCUCUCGCAGAAGGACGAACACGGAAACGAAGAUCGCUGGAUCGUCGACGGUCUCCAACAAUGUCUUUCGUUCGAUCUUUGUUAAUCAUUUCGAUUCAACCAAAUGAAACUCCAUAGACGAACGAAAUGAUGAUAUUAUACGAUUCGUUACUUGGAUAAAUCGUCGAGGAAACUUCGGUUUCUGCCGGACAACGAGAAAUUUAGCUUUGGUCGUUGGACGGAACGCAUCGAACAAUUAACAAGAAUCGAACGAACCGGACGGUUUUUCUACGACGAGAUAGUCCGCUAGAAGAAUUUUCAGUGUCUUUUAUAUAAUAUAGAGAACACGCGCCGUCAACGGUUCAUUAAUCGUUUAACAAUUAAGUCGCAUUAAGGUUCCUCCGAAGAGCGCAUAUCGAAUCGAGCGAUCACGUACUCACCCGUUUGGGCGAUCCACGGGAGCGGCGUGCACCUUCGACGCGGAUCGCAUCUGUAUCACGUUGAACAAUCUCUUAAGACCCGUUCGCUCACCGCGAUUGAUCGUUCAAUUUAGCCGGUCUCUUCGGUCACUUGCUCUUGUCUGCUCGAGUUUUGCUACGAUAGAUACACUCGAUGAUAUUUCCCGCGAAACGUUCUCGCGCACAGCCUCGCGUUUCCUCGGUAUCUCGCCGCACUUUUGCCUUUAAAAUAAUAAAAUAAUUCUACGAACAUUGAUUAUCUGCACACAAAGUGGAGAAGCGAUAAAAAGUGUAAAAGAAUUUCAAGAUCGUUGAAAGAAUACUUUUAUGCAGAAACGUUGUUUUCGUAAAGUGGAACGAUUGAAAAUUGAUAAAAAUACGACAGCUUUACAGAGCUUCGACAUGCAAUCGCUUCGAAUAUCGCAAACGAAAAGGCAGUGCUGUUCGCGUGAACGUUCGAUCGUGAUUACAUCUUCGCAGAACAGUUUUACUCGUUGUGUGUGAUCGCAGAAUUUAAGGACAAAUAAACGGACUAUUAAUACGUAGACACGAGCCCUGCUGCCUGCGACGAAUCGUUUGCCCCGUUGUGAAAUAAAUUGCGAAGGUAAAAGGAUUGGGUGAAAGGAGCAAUGAAAAAGACGUGGAGCUUUGCGAGUCAGCUUAUUUAUUCUUUCGACAGUCGAUAGAGCCUUUUAUUCGAGUAUUUAAACAGAUCCUGGCUUCCUGCCUCCUUGCGUCCCCUUCUUUUCAGUCUGCUGGAUCGAUGGAACUUGCUUGCUUCCGCCAAGUUCCAACCUCGAAGAGCCGGAGAACUCGAGGUCGCCACCUAGGGUCUACAAUCUUGGACAAACUUUAACUUACCAUUCUUUCGGUAUUAAAAGAAUAAUCUCUGAAUCUAUUUUUAUCAAAAAUAAAGACAUCUUGAGUAUAAAAGGUAAACACAAAGGAGAAAGACAAAAGGAUUGUCAAGUAAAAUAUCGGGUAUCGAUACCUGUUUCUCGAAAUCGAGAAAGUAUUUUCCACCAUUUUCGAGCAACAACCCCGAUUCUUGUCAUCCUUGCACGAAUUAACGAUCGUGGCAUCGUUUAAACCGCAACGGCCAGAGUUGCAGCAACGAAAAAGGAUUGUCUGGUACGCGAGCUGUGACGGAACAGGAAGUGGAAGCUCAUAGAGAAACAGGGAACUUGGCUGAACGACGAAGGGCCUGGCCAUUUCAUUUUCCUCUUGCGCCAUUUGGAUCGCGGCACUUUUAGUCGAUGACGAGGAUCUCCGGUAAACGACCAGCAGUAAUUAAUUGGAACGAAUGCGCGGCCUGGCUCCGGUUGCUCGCGCGGAAUAAUUAAAUCCGUACGUAAGGUGGCGUAAUUGUAACGCGGUCGAAUGGGUAUCUGUGUGUCGCGAGACGGAACACGUUGCCUCGAAAAGAUGUUCCACUUUUUUUUUCUGCGCUGCCGCUUAAUUAAAACAACGCGUCGUCGACGUUUUUCCGCGGCUCCUCUACUUCCCUCGUCUCCGAUCCCGUUCUCCCGGUACCGCUUUAAUAAUCCCGAGGAACGCGAAACGCUCCUAUCUAAUAGGUUUUUAACGGCCAACGUCGCGAAUCUCCCUGCUCCAUUUCUGAUUUCGCCAACGAGCUUCUCCAUCGAACUGCGAGCGUCCGGAUAUCGCUUCGUUAAACGGCGUGCUCUCGUAAGGCGAUCGAACCUGUUAGAGGCGAGAAAGCGGAGCGAAAUGCUCGCGCUUCUAACCUUCUUUUAAUUUAAUCUGUUGGAAAGUUUGGAUAGGAAGAGGAACCCGCUUAUUCUCCGUUGUAAUUUCCCAUGCCACUUAUUUUCCACUUUCAACUCGCUUUCUCCUUUCGAUCUUUACACGAGCAGCCAAAAUGCC